AUGGGUACCGCCAGUAUUGCAUCGCGACAAACACAGCAAGAUCAAAGCAGCCAAACCAGUGUCGUUCAUCAGAUGUUCCAAGGCUUGACAGUUUCGCAGACGUUCCUACCAAGUCGAACCUCCGAUUUCGAGAUUCGGAUAGCCAACAAUCCAGCCCGGUUCGCAAUGCACUCUGACGUUCUAUCGAGGGUCUCGAGGUAUUUCGCCACUGUCUGUGACAAGAACAAGUUCGAAGAAGGCAAGACUGGCAGUGUCGUACUGGAGCAUGACGAAGAUGUUGUUGAACGGCUUUUGCGCUUCAUCUACCAGCUACCUGUGGAUUGGCUGACUUUUGGUGACGAGGAUUUCUCGUCUCCAUCCACGAGCCAGCAAAAUUACUUGGAUUUGAUGCGUCUCCGCGAGGCAGCCGACUAUUACGAACUGCAAGACAUGCACGUCGAGACCACCAGGGCUAUCAGGGCGGUCUUCGACGGUGUGAAGCAGCCGGAUACGUUGACCUGGAUGGGCCGUGACGCGCAUGAGAGUGGACAUUUAGCAGGGCAUGCCGUGCUCUGGGAAAUUCAGAAUGAGACCAGGAAGCGAAUUUUGGAGAUCGUGCGGGACCGUGAGGCGUGGUCGAAUGUGUAUGCGAACGAGGAGUACGUCAAGAAGGUCACAUGUGGACUGGCAGGAUGUAAUAGCUGUCGAAGAGCUGUACCUCAUUGA